CCCGAGUCCCGGGUAUGUGAGCGAAUCACUGGACUAGAAUAAAGACAGUGAAGAGAGCAAAGCCUCGCUUCUCUAAACCCGCCUUCCCGGGAGCUCCCAUUUUCCCAAGUCCUUCCUUACAAACUCCCAACCGCAACCCACAGCUUUCCGCCGGCUCCAGGUCCACAUCUGCAUCCGCACUCAUUCCCGUCAUGAAUUCCCUGUGGACAUAUUUGCUUAUGUUCAAUCUUCUUCUAGUACCGAUCGCACUGAAAGUGGAUUCAAACUAUCACGCAGGUCCAGGACAGAGUGAUGAAGUUGACUACAAAGACCCAUGCAAAGCUGCUGCUUUUCUGGGCGACAUAGCCUUAGAUGAGGAAGACUUGCGCUUUCUUAAAGCCAACUAUUUCUUCUAUUCUAGAGAGAAUGACUCUUCUAACGUCUCUAUACCUGAUUCAGCAAACAGAUCCUCAGCUAACGUCAAUGCAAAGGAUGACCCAGUUUUGGCCAAACAAAGCUUCCUACGCAGACGGAGGGCAGCCACAGCCAGACCCGAGAGAGUUUGGCCCGAUGGCAUAAUACCCUAUAUCAUUAGUAGCAACUUCAGUGGCAGCCAGCGAGCCAUUUUCAAGCAAGCCAUGCGUCACUGGGAAAAACACACUUGCGUGACCUUCAUGGAAAGAAGCACAGAGGAGAGCUACAUCGUCUUUACUAUCCGGCCAUGUGGGUGCUGUUCAUUUGUCGGGCGGAGAGGUGGAGGUCCCCAGGCUAUAUCUAUCGGGAAGAACUGUGACAAGUUUGGCAUCGUGGUGCAUGAACUCGGACACGUCAUUGGAUUCUGGCACGAACACACACGACCCGACCGGGACCAGCAUGUUGAUAUAUUUAGAGAAAACAUCCAGCCAGGUCAGGAGUACAAUUUCAUAAAGAUGGAGCCAGAUGAUGUGGAUUCGCUCGGGGAGGUUUACGAUUUUGACAGUAUCAUGCAUUACGCCAGAAACACCUUUUCCAGGGGCAUCUAUCUUGAUACCAUGCUGCCAAAGUAUGAAGUUGAAGGAGUCCGACCUCCCAUCGGCCAGCGGACGAGACUGAGCAAAGGGGACAUCGCUCAAGCUAGAAAAUUAUAUAAGUGCCCAAGAUGUGGCCAGAGCCUUCAGGACAGCACUGGAAACUUCUCCUCCCCUGGGUUCCCUAAUGGAUAUUCUGCUUAUCUUCACUGUAUAUGGAGGAUUUCAGUCACGCCUGGGGAGAAGAUCAUUCUUAAUUUUACGUCGAUGGAUCUGGACAGGAGUCACUUGUGCUGGUACGAUCAUGUGGAGAUCCGUGAUGGAUACUGGAGAAAUGCACCUUUGAAAGGCCGUUUUUGUGGAGGCCAGCUUCCUGAGCCCAUCGUGUCCUCUGACAGUCGGCUGUGGAUUGAAUUUCGCAGAAGCAGUAAUUUGGUGGGGAAAGGCUUCUCUGCUGUCUAUGAAGCUAUUUGUGGAGGAGAAGUGGAAAGAGACAGUGGGCAGAUUGAGUCACCCAAUUACCCUGAUGAUUACCGGCCUAAUAAAGUGUGCAUUUGGAAGAUCAUCGUACCCCAGGGGUUUCAUGUGGGCCUCAUCUUCCAGUCAUUUGAGACUGAGAAACAUGACAACUGUGCGUAUGACUACCUGGAACUGCGAGAUGGCGAUUCUGAGAACAGCCCUUUACUGGGCCGCUUCUGUGGCUACGAAAAGCCAGACGAUAUCAAGAGCAGCUCCAACCGGCUGUGGAUGAAGUUUGUAUCUGAUGGCUCUGUGAACAAAGCUGGGUUUGCAGCAAAUUUCUUCAAAGAGAUUGACGAAUGCUCCAGGCCUGAUAAUGGUCACUGUAAGCAGCGCUGUGUCAACACCCUGGGCAGCUACCAUUGUGCCUGCGACCCUGGCUAUGAGCUCGCCCCGGACCGCCGCAGCUGCGCAGCAGCUGCCUGUGGUGGAUUCAUCUCCAAACUCAAUGGCUCUUUCACUAGUCCGGGUUGGCCACAGGAAUACCCACCCAGCAAGAACUGUGUGUGGCAGCUCAUUGCCCCGGUGCAGUACCGCAUCACUCUGCUUUUCGAUGCUUUUGAGAUCGAGGGGAACGAUGUUUGUAAAUAUGAUUACGUUGAGGUACACAGUGGCUUGUCCACUGACGCAAAGCUUCAUGGGAAAUUUUGUGGCACUGAGAAACCAGAGGCGAUCACAUCCCAACUCAAUAGUAUACGUGUUGAGUUCAAAUCUGACAACACUGUGUCUAAGAGAGGCUUCAAAGCUCAGUUCUUUUCUGACAUGGAUGAGUGUUCUAGGGAGAAUGGAGGUUGCCAGCAUGAGUGUGUGAACACAUAUGGGAGCUACAGCUGUCAGUGUCGCAGCGGCUUUGUGUUGCACAGCAAUAAACAUGACUGCAAAGAAGUGGGCUGUGAUCAGGCCAUCACCAGUGUUUCUGGUACUAUUACAAGUCCAAACUGGCCGGAUAAAUACCCCAGCAAGAAGGCCUGCACAUGGACCCUAUCCACCACCAAAGGCCACCGCAUUAAACUGGCUAUUGACGAGAUUGACAUGGAGGCUCAUCAGGAGUGUGCUUAUGACCACUUGGAGAUAUAUGAUGGCCCAAAUGGCAGAGCAACCAGUUUCGGUCGCUUUUGCGGGAGUAAAAAGCCAUCGCCUGUCAUUUCCAGUGGCAAUAGCAUGUUCCUGCGGUUCUUCUCUGAUAACUCGGUACAGAAGAGGGGGUUUAAGGCCUCCCAUUCAGCAGAGUGUGGCGGUAGUCUGAAAGCGGAGAUAAGGACCAAGGAUCUGUAUUCCCACGCUCAGUUUGGUGACAACAACUAUCCCGGAGCUUCAGACUGCCAGUGGGUGAUCUCAGCAGAGAAGGGCUACGGGGUGGAGCUCAUCUUCCACACUUUUGAGAUUGAGGAGGAAGCUGACUGUGGCUAUGAUUACAUGGAGCUGUUUGAUGGCGCUGAUGUCAAAGCUCCCAGGCUGGGACGCUACUGCGGGUCCGGGCCGCCAGAGGAGAUCUACUCAGCUGGUGAUGCCAUUGUCAUCAAAUUUCACUCGGAUGACACCAUCAACAAGAAAGGUUUCCAUGUUCGGUACACAAGCACCAAGUUCCAGGACACCUUGCACACUAGUAAGUGAGUUCUUCAUGAAGAAAGAGCUCUGGAGAACAUAGCAGCCAGGGGCCUCUGAUACCUCCUGUGCACCUGUGUUAGUAAUGCCACCCAGGGCCCCUUGUCCACCCCCCCCCACCCCCAACAGACUGCAAUGAAGAAGACCUAGUGGUACCAGACCCUUUCAAAGAGCUGAAGAGGGCAAGCUUGAUGUAGGGAUAUGGCAAUACAGUUUGCCCUGUUGUGCUUCAAACGAUUCGUUGAAAUCUCAAUAGGUAAACGGAACAUCUGAGCGGCAGAUAGUAUCACUAUAAAGAGCAUGGUUGACUCCAAGCCAGCAAAUAAGGAAGAAGUCGAAAAUGUCCCUGAUGGACUUUUGUCUCUCAGAGAUCUGCCUCUUUCUGCCCCUCAAAGGCUAGAAUCUAAGAUAUUUUUAGAUGAUUCUUUUAUUAUACAAUUUUAUUAUACAAUUCACAAAUCAUAAUUCUUUAUUGCCACACAUCUAGGUUGGUGGUUUGGAAAUGUAUAAAAUAUAAUUCAAUGAUAAUUACAAGAAUUACAUCUUUUGUAAAUAAAAAAAAAAAAAAAAACAUUCUAGCAAUAUUUCUUACAUGAGUUGUACAUGAUUAUUCAGACUGUUAGACUUAAAUUAUAUGACAUGAAAUUAUGUACCUGAUGCAAUGAACUGUAUGACAAAAAUGUUAAUGCGACUAAUAAACAUCACUUGAAAUGA